GAAACAUUGAGAGUCAAUGUUAAAGUGUAGAAACAGAAGCGGAAGGAAACGAGGCAGAUGCUGCAGCAGCUGAGCAGCUCAUGCCAACAACAUGGACGAUGACCAAACAUAUGACGAUGGAGAAAGUGUGUUUCCCCCCGAGGUGAAGCUGGAAAGGGCCAGGAGAAGAAGCACCUAUGUGGACUUCAGUGAUCGGCUUGUGGCAGUCAGAGAUUAUCGCUUUCUCAAACCAAAACUGAAUCCGGACAAAAUCAUUAAGGGCAAAGCUGCAGAGCAUUUUAGAAGAGGAAAAUGGGCGAUGGAGAGGUUCCAGUAUGAGGAGGCUGUGCUGUGCUUCACCAAAGCCAUCUACCUGCAGCCUAAACAGAUUGAGCUGUAUGUGAGCCUGGGCGAUGCUUUCAUUCAGCUGUGUGACUUCCAGUCUGCAGCCGACUCUUACAAUCAGGCCAGUUUUCUGGAGCCGGGAGCUUUCAACGCUCGACUGGCCUUCAUCUACUACAUGCAGGCUCAGUGUCUGUUCGACCGCGGCCUCUUCCAGGAGGCGCUGGACGUGUUCGGGAAAGCUGCCGAGCUGAAGCCGGAGGCCGCCUACGCCUUCAGAAUCAGAAGCCUGGCCUGCCUGGCAGCCGCAGGGCGACACAGCGACUGUCUGAAGGAACUGGACCUCAUCAUCGCAGAGGGUCCGACUGCCGAGCUUCACGUCUUCAGAGCCAGAGUUUACAAGACCAUGAACCAGACAACCCGUUGCAUCCAAGACGUGCGGUCAGCGCUGAAGUUGGACCCGGGCUGCCGGGAGGCCAGAGCGAUGCAGCAGCACCUGAUGGAGGCCUGCGAGGAGAACAGGCAGCAGGCGGUGAUCCGGAUGCUGUCAGGCCAGCUGCAGGAGGCGCUCUGCCUGAUCAACGCCGCCCUGGAGAGCAACCCGGAGAAUGGACAGCUCUACCUGUUCAGAGGGAUUCUGUACCGACGUCUGAAGGAGUUCAUCUCGGCCAUCGAGGAUCUGGUCCUGGCUGCUGAGCUCUGCGAGCCGAAGGAGGAGGAGAGAAAGGAGAGCAGCCCUGAACUGAAGGAGGUGCAGCUGCAGCUGGCUCUCACCUACAACGACUUCGCCGUCCAGUGCUUCAGCAGAGGCCUCUACGACGAGGCGCUCCUGCUUCUCAACAAGGCCAUCAAGGAGGACAAGAACCUGGGCGGCCUGUACCUGAACCGAGGAGACUGUUUCUUCAGGCAGGCCGACUGGUGUUACGCUCUGCUGGACUACCAGCAGGCCGAGGAGAUGCUGAGUCCCAACGAACCGGCGCUGAGGCUCCGCCUGGCCAUCAUUCACAGCACUCUGGGCUCCUUCUGCUUCCAGGACUGGUACUUCCAGGACGCAGCCGACAUGUUUUCCUUGGCCAUCACGUACAACCCGACCACCAGUCAGUACUAUGAGUACCGGUCGAAGGCGCUGCGCCGGAUCCAGGACCUGAGGGGCGCCAGAGAGGACCUGAUCCGCCUGCUGAUCCUGGACCCCGACAACGAGGAGAUCCCCCCGAUGAUGAUGAACCUGUUCCCCGGCAGCACCGUGACCCAGGUUCUGUCCAGCACCAAGGGGCAGUCGCUCCGAGACGAGCUGGAGGAAACCAUCCGGGUCUGGGACUCUUCUUCUGAUCCAGAGAAGAGCCUGGAAGAGAGUCUGACCGGCCUGAGUUUGAGCAGUGAGGACCCAGAGGGCGAAGCGUUGAGCCUGUCUGAAGCUGCUCAGGAGCUCCGCCUGUGUGUGAGCAGGAAGGACCUGCAGAACGCAGCCAAGGCCCUCCUGCAGGUGGACGAGGCCGUGGAGUCCUUCAUCCCCGUCUGUCCGGUCCUGCGCCAGAGCAGCAAUAGCGCCUCACAGUGUCCACCAACAGCAAGCGCAUCUACUCUUCCACUGCCAGAAAAUCUGAGCUGCCUGGGGUUUGAAAAAUAACACCAGCGUUCAUGUCCACUCCUAAUCUGUUGUUAGAUUCUCUGUUUUUACGUUUCUACUUCCUUAAGAUCAUCCAGUAAUAACCCAAUAAAACUACUGUAGUGUUUCCAUUUUAGAGAUAUAUUAAUCCAGCCACAAAGCCAAAAACACAAAAGUCAAAUAAUGUAGUGAAAGAAACCAACAGCAUUUCUGAGUCCAGCUGUAAUGCAGCGUUUAGUCCAGCAGGUGGCAGCAGAGCCACAGUGUGAGUCAGUCAGCUGUAAUUUUAUUGUUUUAUUGUUUUAUUUAACUUGGAGAUUGAAUUUAAAACUGUUCUGCUCAACAUGGUUGUAUAAAAACACACUAUGAAAUAAAAAGAUAUUCAACAAUAUUAAAAUAAUAAUUAGACUGUUGAGAAAAAUUCUCCAAAAGCCUUAAAAUAAAAUAAAUAAAGCAGGUUCUUUGCUUCUAAUGUGAAUAAAUUUAUGACCUGUGAUGAAAAUCCUAGUAUAAUUAUUAUUUUAAAUAAAUUAACAGUUGCUAUUUAUUGACACACCUUUAUUGUAAAUGAAGAGUAAAAUUGUAUUUUAGCUUAAAAUGAUCAAAUAUUUCAAAUCUGUCAUUUAUGACUGUUUUUAACUGGACUGUUAAUAUGAAACAAAAGCUGAUUUUUCUGUCACUUUUUAAAAUAGGAAAGACAAGAGAACAUGUAGGUAAAGUGAAAAGCUGAGUAAUAAUUUAAAAGUUUGAAACCAGGAAGGAUGAGGAGCUUUUUGUAUUUAUCUUCUUGUCCUU